AUGGAUCUGAAAUCAGUACAGGAUCUGAAAGGCGUUCUUCGCCCAGACUUCUACCAUGGAUAUGCUACCGCUGCGGCGCAGAUUGAAGGGGCCUGGGAUAAAGAUGGGAAAGGAAUCUCGAUCUGGGAUGAAUUCGGCCAUACCCCCGGCAAGAUCUCCGACGGAAGCACGGCAGAUGACGCCGUCCGAGCUUAUGACUUUUACCGCGAGGAUGUGGCGCUCAUGAAGUCCUAUGGCGUUAAUGCCUAUCGCUUCUCGUUGGCCUGGUCGCGUAUCAUCCCCCUGGGAGGCUGUGAUGACCCUGUCAACGAGCAAGGUAUCCAAUACUACUCGAACCUUAUUGACGAGCUCAUUCGCAAUGGAAUCACUCCUUUUGUGACUCUGUUCCACUGGGAUAUUCCCCAAGCCCUGGAGGAUAGAUAUGGUGGCAUGCUGAACCAGGCAGCCUAUACGCCAGAUUUUGUGCGCUAUGCACGGGUGUGCUUUGAACGGUUUGGUGAUCGAGUCAAGCACUGGAUCACCUACAAUGAGCCGGGGGUGUACACCUUGGCUGGAUACGCUGCCGGUGUACAUGCACCAGGGCGAUCAUCUUUUCGCGAUCGGAAUGCAGAGGGCGACUCAUCCACGGAGCCUUUUACUGUCGCCCACACCGAAUUGGUCUCGCAUGGACAUGUCUCUCAACUGUAUCGUGAGGAAUUCCAACCUCAACAGAAGGGGACGAUUGGGAUCACUCUUCAUGGCAAUUGGUCUGAGCCUUGGAAUGAAGAAGACCCUCUUGACCAAGCAGCUGCGGAGCGAGCUCGAGAAUUUGAGAUUGCUUGGUUCGCGGAUCCCCUUUACAAGACUGGCGACUACCCUGCAUCUAUGCGUGAGCAGCUUGGAGACAGACUACCUCGAUUCACCUCCGAAGAGUCUCGACUGGUGCUCGGUAGCUCUGAAUUUUAUGGGAUGAAUACGUAUACAACAUUUUUCAUGAAGCACAAGACGACACCCCCAGAUAUCAAUGAUCAUAAAGGAAAUGUGGAAAUCCAUGAUGAAAAUUGCAACGGCAUACCUCGUGGAGAGGAAAGUGACACUCCGUGGCUUCGUGCCGCACCUGGAGGGUUCCGAAAGUUGUUGAACUGGAUCUAUAAGCGAUAUCAAAUGCCGAUCUAUGUCACAGAGAACGGCACUACAGCAAAGGGCGAAGUGGCCCCAACGCCAGAAGUGCUCAAUGAUACAUUCCGAAUUAGAUUUUUUGAGGGUUACGUGGGAAAUGCGUUGGCCCGAGCAGUCAAAGAGGAUGGUAUUGACAUCCGGUCAUAUUUCGCUUGGACAUUCACUGAUAACUGGGGUGAGUAA